GAAAGUUUGCACUGCGACCUAGUCCUUUUGGCGUUCCAUAUCAUGGACCAACCAAUACACGUGUGCGAGAUAUUGUUUUCUUUUGGCCUCGCACCACGAAUCAUCGGGCAUAAUGAAGGCAGUUGCAUUGAUAAGUGGUGGUAAAGAUAGCUGCUACAAUAUGAUGCAGUGUGUUGCAGAGGGACAUGAGAUUGUUGCAUUGGCUAACUUACGACCAAAAAACAAAGAUGAGCUUGAUAGCUACAUGUUCCAAACAGUAGGUCAUCAUGUUAUAGAGCUGUACUCCGAAGCCAUAGGAUUACCUUUGUAUCAACGUUACAUCCAUGGAGGUUCUAUAGAGCAAGGCAAGGAUUACAAGCUUACUAAAGGUGAUGAGGUUGAGGACCUUUAUGAACUUCUGAAAAUAGUAAAGAUGGAGCAGAAUGUUGAAGCAGUUUCAGUUGGUGCUAUUCUAUCAAAUUACCAGAGAGUUCGAGUAGAGAAUGUGUGUACAAGGCUUGGGUUAACAGCACUUGCAUAUUUAUGGCAACGGGACCAAGAAGAACUCUUGGGUGAGAUGGUCAAUUGUGGCAUUAAUGCAAUUCUCAUCAAAGUUGCAACAUUGGGAUUGACAGAAAAACACCUUGGACAAACUCUAAGCGAAAUUCAACCACACAUGUUGGAAAUGAAAGAAAAAUAUCAGAUUAAUGUCUGCGGUGAAGGUGGUGAAUAUGAGACACUGACGUUAGAUUGUCCUCUGUUUAAUAAGAAAAUUGUCAUUGAUGAACAGGAGUCUGUUUUACAUUCUGAUAAGGCUUUUGCAUCAGUUCACUACCUUCACUUUCAUCAGAUGCACCUCCAAGAAAAGAAUAUUGAUACAAGUGUGUCAAUGUUUAAUAGAGUAAAAGACCUCCCAAUGAAAGUUGGUAGCAAGAUACAACAAGAACUUGAUCUUAGUACUUUAAGCUUGUCCAAUAAAGAUGAGGAGCAGACAUCAUCUAAACAUAUCUCACCAACUUUAGAAUUUCCAACAUCAAGUAGUAAUGUGUCUUUGACAAUGUGUAAAUUCAGCCAAGGAUUUUUGAAAAUAUCUGGAAUAAGUGGUAGGAAAACUCAUGAAGAAAACCCAUCAGCUAUUAGGAACAUCACAGAGGAUGCUCUCAAACAUUUACAAGAUGAACUCGCAAGGUACAAGAUGACAUGUGACGAUGUUGUUCUUAUAAAUUUGUAUGUGUGCAGCAUGACAUAUUAUAGGGAUAUCAACUCUGUGUUUCCUUGCUUUUUCCCUCUUAACCCACCAGCAAGGGUCUGUGUACAGGUAGACUUGUGUAGCGAUAAUCUUUUUGAAAUGAACUGUCUUGCUCACUGCUAUGCUAUAGCAGAUGAAAUCCAGUCAACUGCUAAGCAUCAUCAUACAAUGCAUGUUCAGAGCAUAUCCCACUGGGCUCCUGCAAACAUUGGACCAUACAGCCAGGCUGUUGAGGUUAAUGGCAUGGUCUUCUGUGCAGGUGUUAUAGGUCUUUGUCCAAGCUCCAUGAUGUUGAUAAAGGGUGGUGUACUACCAGAAUGUCGAAUAUCAUUACAAAGUGUUGACCGGAUUUUAUGUGCAAUGACAGCUUCAUUCUGUAAUGCUAUUUUGUGUAUUUGCUAUGUGACAUCCUCAUCCUACAUUCACACUGCAAGACAAGAGUGGAAGGCACUUCUAAAUUCUAAGAUGAAGGGAGGUAAUGUAGAAGAUGUGUCAACUCUGUGCCUGCUUACUUUUGUUGUUGUUCCAUCACUACCAAGAAAUGCUGCUGUAGAAUGGCAUGUCACAGCUCAUGUGAAUCGGGAGCAUUGGCAAUGUUUACAAGAGGUGAAUGACAAAUGUGGAAUAUACUUGUCAUCAGAAUGUCUGUUCUCUGCAGAUGAAGGAGUGGCCGUAAUACUUCUUACUGCAGAUUGUUACCUUCAACAAGUUAGUUUAACAGUGCUUCUACAAAACCUUGUUAAAUUAUUCUGUAAUUGCAUAACCAAAGCUGGUUUCGAAAAGGAUCAAACAUUAAAUAUGCAGUUGUUUUUUCAUCAAGAAGUACUGCAACAUGAGCAGUUAAAAUCAGAAUUGGCAAAAGUUAUGAAUUUUCUAGGCCAACCCUGUAUUUCAUUUGUACCGGUAAAUGAACUUGAAACAACAGGUAGAUUGUUAACCAUUUGUGCAUGGCUCUACAAGUGAACAUCACCCAGAGUGCAAUCAUAGUGUAUGGUUUGAAAAUUAUCAAGAAUUCUUCAGGCUAUUAUAAAAUACAACCUUACUGUAUUUGUAUUAUCUAAACUUCUGUAUUGGUGGUGUAAGUAUUUGCUCGGCAUGAGGUCAAAAUCCCCCACAAGAGAUGGGGGUGCAGCACACAACAAAAAUUAGGGCUAGAGGCCACUGUUUACCAAGUGGUAUAAAGAUAAACCUAAGAAUUUGAGAGGUUUUAUGUAACCAGUUUAAGAUACAGUAUGAUAAAUUAAAAAUUACAUAUUACACAUGUAUCUACUACUUUCACUAACUUUAAUUUAAAGCUUAAAAGGCUCAUGGCACUAUUAAAAAUAAAGAUAAAGGUGUUGAUUCAUAUAGCUCAUGGAAGCUUGGACUGUAUGCACUCAACAGAUUUAUUCCUGUAACUUGCUAAUCCCCUAAGAUCCCAUUAUGCCAUCAAACAGAACCUAAUCAUUUGGGACCCUCAGCAUGUAACAAUGCAAAUUAAACUCAAAUCUAAAUUCAAUCAUCUGAAAAUAAUUUAAUAAAACAUUAAAUACAAGCAUGCUCGUGACAUGUUGAAGGUAGGGAAAAUAACCCAUAACUUGCAGCAUCAUUGUGCUGAAUUGUCUAUGGCCGUGGUCCAUGACUACCUAGCAGGGCUGUAGACACAGGAACGGUUGGCCAGGUUUCAACCUGACCACUUUUUGAUGGACCACAAGUUAAUUGAUUAGGUUUUGAAUAGGAAAAAAAACUAAAUUUCACCUGUACGUUUGGACCCUCUUGACAUUGAGGAAGGCGGUUUGGGCACAGCGAUUUCAAUUCUGGUUGUGAACCUCGUUGUCCAGUGUUCGAACCACACGCUGACCAUUCUCGGCCGGCCAUGCUUAGUUACCCCAGCUUGCACUGUUGACAGGUUGUGAAGUGGCUCACGCUAUGUUUCAGCCCUAGGUGCGAGUAUUUCAUGGCUCAUAAAUUAAAUAAAUAUGAAUAUAAAUAUUGUGGCCGACUUUCAUCAAUAUUGAUGGUACCAUCAGGCCUGACAUACCUAGAUAGAUGGAUGGAUGGAUGGACGGAUGGAUGGAUAGAUAGAAAUCUUUCUUUAUUCUGGAUACUCAGUCAGUAUUGUUACACUGUUCUUCCCUAAGGCAGUGGCGGCUCUAGGAUAUAAUUUAUGGGGGAGCUAUGGUGUCCGACUGGGGGGGGGACGCGCUAAGUAUUUAUGGGUGUAACUAUGGCGCGCAGCGUAUCUGAGGACCAAAGCCCAGAGGCGGGGGAGAGUAUGGGAGGGGUAUUGCCUGCUCCCAAAACGAGAUUU